AUGGUUUUCACGCAAGUUCUGAAUGAUGCAUACAACGGAGGUACAGAUGGCAUCCACAAGGCGACCUUGUUCUCACAAGAAUUGAGCAACAGCGUAGAUUACACCGCCGAGGCGAUGGAAAAGUUUGUAGAUAUGAUAGAGCCAAUUAAAGGAGUCGCCUCUAUCUGCUACCCGGCAUCCGCCUCAGAAAUACCGGAAAAAUGCAGCAAAGCGUACGAGUACGGCGAUACCGUUUAUGUUCCAAUUACUAGAUCGACUGUCUCUCCAACAACGAAUGAGGCAUAUUCGGGAGGCCUCUGGAGGGACCCAAGUGAGAAGCUAGACAAGGAAUGGUACGAAUCUAUCCGACUCCUGAAGAAACAGGUUCAUAAGCUCAAGGUCUUCGCCCUGUACACGGGACGACCUGAUGAAAAACUCCUUCAUUACCUCUUAGGGGAGUAUAGACUCAUCUUCGAUGGCCUCCUAAUAGACUGGGAGUUCGGCCCCGGCGCCUGCUGGUCAGAGGUACAGAAGUCACCCCCCAAUAACAAUUGGAUGUGGUUCGUGAAGGAAAAGACAAGAUACAUGAUGGCUAACCAGGACCCAGCAACCUGCGUCAACGCCGACGGGAGCCGGGCAGACAAGGACGUGUUUCUCAAUACCGGGGAAAGGAGUCUGCAGAUCCAAGACUAUCUCCUUCCCGUCUUCCCAUGCUACAACGGAAGCGAAUGGCGGUGCCACAGUGCUAUAAAGGAAAGGCCGUCUUUGGCCUGCGAUGAUCAACGGCAAAGGUACGCGUUCGCAUUGUUUGAGAUCAAUUCGGCAGCUGCGCUCAAGUUCUUCCUGAAGACAUGCAAAAGCCAUUCAGGGAGAACUCCAGCGUACGACCUUGUGCAAGUGCUCUGA